AUGGCUUCUCUCAAAGAACUGAGCUUUAGAAAUGGAUAUUGCCAUCUCCAGAAUUUGUUCAACAAGACGUUUGUAAAUAUCAAGCAAGUAUCUCAUCUAGACUUGUCGAACUGUGCCAUGGAACAUAUAGCAGCCGGGGCAUUUCUACCACUUAGCGAUUCCUUAACACAUUUAGAUAUUUCCUACAACAGGAAACUGAGGUUCGAUCAGGUUGGAAUUGGCGCUUUCGGGUGGCAAAACUCGCGACUGCAUGUAUUGAAUAUUAGUGGCAUUGAAGCAAAAUAUGCCAUUUGCGUCAAAAUCACAAAAGAACACUUAAAACACUACACAAAUACAAGCAUUGUAGAAAUAUACGCAGAUGAAAACAGAAUAGAGACAUUUGAAAAGGGAGCAUUGCAACUCUUGCCGUCAAGUUUGAAGAAGGUGUCUUUGCAAAGCGAAAGGCUUGCAUCUGGCCUUUACAUGUUAGAUCUGCACUCAUUAGUAGGGUUAGAAGAAAUGGAUAUCGGUGGGCAAAAAGAAAUUCACAUUUCUUCUAAAUGGGAACCUAGAAAUCUAAUCACAAAGACUGACUGUCUCGCAGAUGACGAACCAUUAUGCAGUGAGUUUGCCGAGAACCAAUACAAGAAUAAUUUAAGACAGGUGGAUUUUUCACACAAUUUGAUUUCGACGUGGAUUGGACCAAUCGAAGGCCUACAGAAACUUAAAAUUCUGGAUCUUUCGAAUAAUUUAGCUACUCAUGCAGAACAAAGCUUCUUUCGAAAUUUCAACUCGCUUUUGUUUUUAAACAUCUCUUGGAAUCUUUUGAGUAACGUUAUAAGCCAGGACAGAGACGGAGUUCUUAAGUCGUUAAAAGAUUCGUGUACGAGCAAUUUCGGUUUAAAAUCAGGUAUCUCAGCAAUUGUCAUCUUAGUCCUGAUCAUCUUCCUCGGUGGCUUCGCCUACAGGUAUCGCUGGAAGCUUAGAUAUUGGUAUUACGGAGCCAGGUAUAAUUACAAACAUAUUAAUUCUUAUGAGGCAUUGGGCAAUUACCAGUAUGACGCGUUUGUAUCAUAUGCCCCAGAAGAUGAACAAUUCUUUCGUAUUGAGAUGCUGUCUAAUACACACGGAAAGAUACUGGUUAAUCGGGAUGCAAUUUCGCCUUCAGAACAUCCUUUAAAUAAAACGGGUAAUUUGAUUGAGCAGAGUAGAAAGACCGUGCUGCUGUUGUCAGAAUACUUUCUGGAAGAUGAGAUGUGCAUCCCCGAAUUACAGGCGGCACUUCCCGAACAUCUGAACACCAAGCGAGAUCUCAUUCUGAUGAUCUUGUUAGAAGGUAUGCCACGAGAGAAGAUUCCAGAUGAAAUUAAGUAUUUACUGCAAACAGAUUCUUACAUUGAGUAUCAUGAGGAUAACAAGGAGACGUUUUGGCAACGAUUCAAUAAGGCUAUUUCACCUAGAGAAGUUACAUAAACGUAUAACUGUAUAUUUGUGUACAAGUAGCGAGAAGUCUUCAAGUGAGCCAUUCCGUCAACCGAUGGCUGCAAGUAUGUUUCUGUACCACUGUCAGAGCGAAUGAUCGCGGUGAGCUGGUUAUUAUAACGUUCCAAUCCAUACAUUUUGACAACACGAGAAGUUAAAUAAACUACAUCGGAUAAAAGAAAGGGAUCAACGAGAAUAUCUUUUCUUACAGAUCCGUGUAAAAGAUGACCCGUGGUAGAUGUAUUCGUCUCCAACAUAACAAGUGGAAGAUAACUAUUGAAUCUUGUGAUUGGUUGCUCCACGAUGAUGACCCGGUC